AUGGGAGCUCUUCCUUUAUUGUCUUCCCGACUGAAGGAAUGCUUCAUGGAUGCGCAGAAUGAAACCAGACUUCAUCUUUCCUGUCAGUUUGUUAAGGAAUUGCGAGUAGACCGUGAGACACUAAAAGACGACGAACUCCGCGAGAAGUUGCAUAAGAUGCGACGUCGUCUCGAUGACCCAAGACUUCUCUCCCCGGAUAGUCUUCUUAACAUGUUUCUUUCGUAUAUGCAUGUUGAGGCCUAUUCGGAAAUGAUAAGUCUCAUGGAGGCCAUUCAGGGACUCGAAAAUUAUCAACACUUGCUGGAGCCCCCUAAUAUCCGCUACUACUAUGCAUUCGCUCUUAAUCGUCGAAAUGGUAAAGGCGAUCGUGAGAAGGCACUGAGCAUCAUCAAGGAUGUAAUCGAGAACUGUAAGCAACCUUUCCCCGAUCUGUACGGUCUAGAGGGUCGGAUAUACAAGGAUCGCUUUGUGGAAUCAAACUGUACUGACCGUGAAUCCCUCGAGAAGGCCACUGAGAGCUACCGAAAGGGUUUUCAAGAAUCGUCGAGCGAAUAUCUGGGCAUCAAUCUGGCAACACUACUUGUGAUCGGAGGAGCUGACAGAAGCAAUAAGGAGUUGGCCACCGUCUGCAAUAUGCUGUAUAUUAACGCGGGCAGAAAGGGUAAUCUCCAGGAUCUCCAGGACUACUGGGAUGUGGCAACUUUCUUUGAAGUGUCUGUCCUUUGGGCCGACUACGCAGGGGCCGUAAAAGCGGCUAAGUACAUGCACAAGCUGAAUCCGCCUUCGUGGCACCUGGGUUCAACAUUAAGAAACAUUCGACUGAUUUUGCGAGCUCGGAGGAUUAGGGCAGACACAACAGAUAAGGAUAUGGAGCUUUUCAACUUCUGGUUGGAGUUCUUUCACGAGUGCAUCCAAAAUCCCGAAACCAAAAAAAAGUUAUCUGAGGGUUUAAAGGGUGAUGAGGAAGGUGAUAAUGAAAAGAAGAAUCAAGCGGUAAAAUCCGAGGAGACAUCGGCGGCCGAAGCACCAUUGCGAAUCUACUUUCCGGUGCUGCUGGUGGACAUGAGCGGUGAAGAGUUGAGACCCGCCCAUCUCCACAUCCACGCUCACUCGGACAAGCCGAACAUGCGCGUGUGCUACAUCGAGAGCGGUCAACAGCCACCUCCGAAGACCUCCACACAUCGCGCUGUCACCCCCAUGGUCUUCACGUUCGCGGAGGAGAACGGUACGGAGAAUGGCGAAUCCGCACCACUUUCUAACCUCCGGCUCAAUCCAAUCUACGACCUCGUUUUCUAUGAGGAUGAUAUCAAGGGGUUUAGCCUCAAUCCAAAGGAUAAGCGAAAUCUCUACUUCUUCACGGUUCAAGCGGAGGAUUAUUCCAUCUUCUUUCCCUGUGAACGCUCGCGAACUGAAUUUCUAGCUGCCAUUCGAGCUUCGCUCUCGGAGUCUGAUAAUUACCUCUUUGAUGAACACGAAGAUGACGAACCUAUUAAGUUUGUCUACGAAUUCGAUGAAAGCGGUCAUCCAAUUGUCCUCGGUUCAGGAAGCUUUGGGACAGUCUACGCUGGUCGGGAGCUUAGCAGAGAGGUCAAGAUUGCCAUCAAGGAGAUUAAAAAUAUUCCCCAAAAAGAUCUUCAACCGCUAAUUGAAGAGAUUAAUCUUCAAUCGCGUCUCAAUCACACCAACAUCGUCUGUUACCUCGGCUCAGUGUAUGAGGAUGGAGUCCUGAAAAUUCUCAUGGAGCAUGUUCCUGGAGGGUCGCUUAGCUUUCUCCUGAAGAAAAUUGGCAGUUUAAGAGACGAAACGGUUUCGCAUUACUCCAGUCAAAUCCUCGAGGGUUUGCGCUACUUGCAUGCCAGCAAAAUUGUGCACCGAGACAUUAAAGGCGACAAUAUCUUGGUUAACAUGUAUAGAGGAGAACUGAAAAUAGCCGAUUUUGGUGCCUCAAAGCGACUCGGUGGUCUCAUCAGAAAGGCUGGCACAGUCACGGGUACCAUGCGUUUUAUGGCUCCAGAGCUCAUUAACGCAUCAAAAGAUGGCUACGGCUAUCCUGCCGAUAUAUGGAGUUUUGGUUGUACGGUUGUAGAAAUGGUGACAGGCAAACUCCCCUAUCAUGAGCUUGAUGCGUUCGCAGCUUUUUAUCGGGCGGGCUACUACAGCGCACAUCCGGACAUUCCAGAAGAACUGCCAGAACCUUGCAAAGCAUUUAUCAAACGAUGUUUCGAAAUCGAUCCCGAGAAGCGAGCAAGUGCUGAUGAACUUCUCACCGAUCCUUUCAUUCUCAUUGGGCUCUUUCUCAAGUUAACCCCAAAACUCAAGUGCCCAUACGGGUUGGUGGCCUAUUGCAUUGGGGCUGGUAAACGCCCUAUUCACGCGCAAAUAAAUCCCGCAGGAGGCAGUCGCUUCCUCAUGCUUGCUCGUGACACCGGCAGCCAGAAAGUACGAAGACAAGCCUAUGUCUUUGUGGGCGUGGGAUGCAUCGUAGUCUUUUGA